AAACUACUUGGACUGUAUUUAAUAAAAUACUAUGUAGUAUUGAAACAAUCACCCCUGGUUGUUCGCAAUGUCAUUCGUACAAAUUUUAUCUUGCUAUAUAUCAUAUAAUUCGGGGUAUUGAAAUGGAUUCCACUUUAAUGGACUAUAUUGAUAAAAGUAUGGAUAUGCACCGUUUAAAAAUUAAUUUAGUCAGUCUAAAUACCGAAGAACAGAGAUGUGUCUAUGAAUAUUUAUUUGAUUAUUACUUUAAAAAAUUCAAAUGUUCUAUUAAAUGGGAUGGUGAUGAAACAUCAGAAACCAGAAAUGAAUAUGCGCUUCUCUUGAAGAAUCUUCUUCAAUGUUUCGAGAAAACAAAAGAAAAUCUACCAAAGGAAGCUCUUACGUUUAUGAACUCUACAUACUGUCAUUUUUUGUGCGACGAUUUUUUGAAAGAUAAAAAAGAUGAAGAAAAGAAAUCUGAAAAAGAUACAGAGUCUCCAUAUCGUUUAGAGACAUUAUCAGACAAUUGUCUAUUGCGAUUAUUGAAAAAAGAUGAAGGAAUCACAACAAUUGUUGAUUUGCGACCCGAAAUAUAUUCUUGUAUUGAAAAAAGGACUUUCAAUAUAAGGAAGUUCCUAAAGAAGUUAAAGAUUUAUUAUUCCAAAGAUCUGCGCAAUAUAUUUCUAGAAUUUUUCGAAAGUUGUCUAGCUAACAUGCAGCAGCUAGCACGCAACGACGAUUAUGAUCUUGACGAUCGUAAACUUAUACAAAACUCAGUAUAUGCUAUAUUUAACAUUGGAAACGAAGAAAACAUGCUCAGAUUAUUAUUGGAAAAUAUUCCAAAAGAACCUAUGAUUGAUCACAGCACGAUUGAUAAAAAACUGUUAGCUAUUCAAGAAGCAAUAUGUCGUUACGCUUGCUACGCAAGAUUGCCCGUUCCCAUAUCGACUAUUCUUCCUUAUAUCAAAGGAGAUUAUGUCCAUUUUUGUUUACCAAUGUUUAACAGGUAUUUGGCUAAUUUACCAAUGCCUCUAUGUCACGAAUUCAUCGAAAGCAUUUUAGAUGCUCCAUUAUCCGUGCAAAAACAUGGUAUUCACUUAGCAUUCACAGCUUUUAGUGCGGAUAACCUAAAGAACCGUCUUCUUAACGUUUGGAAGAACACGAAGAACGUAUCUCUACGUAUGAUCAUUUACAAAUGUCUUUUUAAUAAAAUUAUUGAAUCUAAUGAAGAUACACAAAAUAAACUAUACGAUGUAAUACGAGAGUUAAAUUUAUCUCUUUAUGACGAAGAUCAACCACAAGUUUUUGAUCUCUUAGUGUCGUAUAAAAUGCCUGAAAGGUUCAAAGGUGAUUAUUUAGAAUCCGCGUGGAUAUCUGUUAAACAACUACCAAACAAAAAAAAGAAUAUGAAGAUCAAAAAUAAACUAUUAAGUGGCAUUGAGCAACAUAUGGAUUGCAUGAAUCGGGAGUUUGUUUUAAAAGAAAUUGAAGAUCACAUAAAAAUAAUGCUAUUGGAAAAGGGAAUCGAAAAAAAAUAUACAGAUCUCGAAAAUUCGUGUAACAAGUGUCUUUGGAAUGUAGCUGCAAGAUACAUUGUUGCCAGUAAAAAUGAUGUUGACAGUUUAAAAUCACUACAUUUGCUAGAAAUUAUUUUACGAGAAUCCUAUAAACAGUGGAGUUUAGUUUCUAAUAAUCCUUAUGAUAUUAUUAAAAACUCAUUUAAUAUCAUAGGCAAAGUGAGAGAUAGAUCAGAGCUUAGUGAAUAUAAAUUUAGUAAAUACAAUGUAACAAUAUUCGAAACGAUUUUGAGUUGUGUUCUUGACCUCACUUCUGAAAGGGAAAUUUAUAUGACAAUUAUGGAGUUAAGGAUUUUGAUUAUAAGUAAAAAAGUGCUAACUCAGGAAAGUGAAGACCCAGACUUGAAUCGUGUAUCUAAAUAUGUAACGAAGGAGCUAGUUCUCUUGAUGAAUGACCUGAAAAACAAUAACAAUUGUUUUGCUAUUUUUUACAAUAGCAUUGUGGGAGUUGUUACGCAAAUUUUUGAUAAAAUGUCUUCUUUGCUAAGAAUCAAUGGAUAUUUAUUAUUAGCUUAUGUUUCUAAUGAGUUACUCAUGAUGGGAGGAACCGAUAACACGCUCUUAGCUCUCUCUUUAAUGCCUGUGAAAAUAUAUACUACUAUUGAUAAUGAACGGGCAGAGUUCAAGAAACUUUGCUUAGAUUUCACAAAGAAGGUGAAAGAUAUACAUCUUUUAGAAAUUCAAAGUUUUUAUUACGACAAAUUUGUUUUUAAUGAUUUUGAAAAAAUAUUUGCAUGAGAAUUUGUUCAUCUACAUUUUUGCCCCUUUUAAUCAAUAAAUUAUUUUUCAAUUCAAAGCGUUUUCAUCAUAGCUAUAUAGGUUAUCAUCACCUUCAAUUGUAAAGCCCCUUACGGCCCUUCGCCAAGGGGAAAGGGGCUCAUGUAAAUUUCGCCUAUUGUUUCAAGGUCCUUGAGAACUCUAUCGCAAAAAUCUAUCGGGUUAGUUAUCGCAGUCUCGAUCUAUCGGGUUUUCUCUUGAGAGGUUUUUUAGGUUGAGAGAUCAGAUGUGUUACCAAAGCCUGUUCUAUUUUAAGCAUUGGACGGUGUUAUAAAGUUCUUUAAUAAAGCGAAUACGCCAAAGACCGUCAUCGCAAACAGCGUCACUGAAGGUCAGCGAUACUGAAAACUUUUGAAACUUUUGUUUCUAGAUAUUGUAGUACCUACGUAUUAUUUAUUACUGCGCAGGUAAAAAUGUGAAAAUAUCUUGUAGCGUAUCAUAGAUACGCACUAA